AUGGCAGAUUCGUCAAAAUCAGGCCUAUCGAAAUUAAAGGGCAUUUCAAUAAAGCCUAGCCUCGCUUGGUGCUUUGUCUUCUUCCCUGCCUUGUGGUACUAUGGAUUGACUCGAUUGCACUCUCUUGGCCUCUUCUCCUCUUCCUCCUUUGGUACCGCUAUGGAAACAUCUCUUGUGGGUGUUUUCGACUGUCAAAAGCUAAAGGAUGCUUCGAUAGUUUACUACAAUCAUCGAAACUGCGAGGAAUUGUCAAAUAACCCAGCAGGAGUCCCUCUCAAGUAUCCCCUUUACUUGGUCCGAGAUGAUUUUCGCAAUGUGGUGGCUACCACUUGGAAGCAUGACGAAGAACUUGGGCGUGGAUUUUUGCUGAUAAGUACCAGCUAUGGUUCAGGGAAAAUAUGGCAAUGGGAAACAGGUGGAGGUCCUAUACCGAUUGGAAAAACAUUGUCCAUGAUUCGUUCCGGAUGCCGGUCCAACAUUGUAAAAAAUUGCACAACAGACCCAGCGGUUGGUAGUGGCGGAAUCGUUGUGGAUACCCUUCAUGAACCACCACGGCUCAUCGUUGCUGAGUGGGGAGAAGGACGUAUCGUGAGAUUGGAAGAAAAUGGAGCUCGCACACCGCUCAUCAUUCAAAUACCAGUGGACCAGCCAAACGUGGCAGUUUCAGCGGAAGUUGUUGAAAGUGACGAGAAUGAAGAGUCGACCCACACAGAAAUGGAAACAGAGUCUUCUCCUUCGACUCGUCGCUUGGAACGUCCAUAUAAAUUACUCUUGACUCCCUUUGCUGACUUGUUGGUUCUAGACAAUGAUUCCAGCAACAACAGUGAUGGUGAUGACUUUUUGUGGCACUUGCCACAAAUUCAUAAGAUCCCAGGAUUGGAAUCCUUGCCGGCCAGCCGCAAGGCCCAUGCUUGGGAUCGUUUGAAUUACAACUCGAGCAAUCAUCAUAAAAAAGGGAUUACCAUGGGUACCGUGUCGACAUCGUCGCAUGGUGCAACAACGACAGCUCCCACCAGUGCACCAGAGGAUGAUGGCAUGCCACAAAAAAUCUUGCAAUCGUCGCAGUUGGGUGGAAUGGCACUAGUACCCAAGAAUUGGUUGCAAAUUUACGUCACCAUGAAACAAGGAGAUUCAGUGGUGGUUAUCACCCUAGCUCUGGAUGAGGAAGACGGUGAGGAUGAAAAUGACGACGAUGAUGAUGUGGUAGCAGAACAGCAAACCAAGGCCACAUCCAAAUCAGAGCGACAGAGCUCCAUCUAUCUCGACUACAGUCAACAUGCUAGUAAGCCUGGUCCCAUUGAAGUGGAUGAAGAGGGAAAUUUGUAUUUGGUCGUUGACGAUGGAAUCUUGAUGGUGUCACCGACUGGUGGCAUUUUGGGCAAGAUAUCAAUACCCGACCUGUCAUUUGUCGACAUGACAUUGGGAGAGGAUCGAUUCUUGUAUCUCACAACAGAGACCAAGCUAUAUCGGCUACGAGUACAGAACAAGAACUUGAGUGUCCCAACAGAUAUGGUAAAGCAGAAAUAA